UCUGCUUUCACUCAUUCCUCUCUCUCUCUUUCUCUCUCCAAGAAGUCUAACGGGAAUGGCACAUACAUUCGAUGCUAAUGUUGUGAUGCAACAAGGGGGAGUUCAUCAAGUCCUCAUCUUUUGAACUGGGUUGUUAUGGGGAUUGAGAACCAAUGCUCCAAAGGUGGAAAUUAUAUUGGUGGCUUCCUCCAGAUGUUUGAUUGGAAUGCUAAAUCUAGGAAGAAGUUGUUUUCAAGCAAGUCUGAAGUAACCGAGAAAUCGAAACAGAAGAAAAGAUGUGACGGAAAUUCGCCAAGGACCCAUCUUGCCAUGAUGGAAAUGGAUGAAAAGGCAGCUGUAUCCAGUGUUGGAGGAAGCAGUGAUCAAAGCUGCGCUUCAUCUCUCGUUGAUGAAGACUUUUAUGGGACGAAGGCUCCUGGAGUUGUUGCAAGGCUGAUGGGAUUGGAUUCCUUGCCAAAAUCCAGCAUGUCGGAGCCUUACUCCACUCCACUUUUCAGUUCUAGCUCACUUCGUGAUGCUUAUUACCAAACCAAAAACCGCGAAUACCCUCAGGAAAGCCGCCUGCAGGGCUUGUAUAACCGGAAUGAAAUGGAGCUCAAAUAUCCAAGGGUGACACACAAGCCAGUCGAGAAAUUUCAAACUGAAACCUUGCCGCCUAAAUCAGCUAAAUCAAUCCCAAUCACACACCAUAAACUUCUAUCUCCUAUUAAAAGUGCCAACUCUAUCCCUCCUAAGGAUGCUGCUCACAUAAUGGAAGCAGCAGCAAGGAUUAUUGAGACGGGACCAUCUCGUUUGAGUACAACGGCUAAACUGCCUCCGGUAGGAGCUUCUUCAGUCCCUUUGAGAGUAAGGGGUUUGAAGGAGAAGGCUGAAGCAGCACAAAAACCAUCAAAGAUUUUUGAAGGUUCUCGAAGAAAAGCUGAAUCCAGUCUCAGGGGGAACUCAAUGGUUAAGAGCGGGAACAGAUCAGUUGAUGCGGUUCCAAUAAGGGUAAUGCCUGACUCGGAUGGAACAUCGUCUAAUGGUGUGAAAAGUAAUGGAAAGACUAUUUCACUGGCUUUACAGGCAAAGGCCAAUGUUCAGAAGAGAGUGGGCCUCAGUUUGAAUGGCAACAAGAACAUUGUUAGCCAGAAAGUUUUGUGUGAGCUCAGUCCCAAUCAUACCUUGAAAAGCCAGUCGACUACAUGCAGUCCUAAUCAUCCCUUGAAAAGCCAGUCGACUACACUAAGUCCCAAUCAUCCUCUGAAAAGCCAGUCGACUACACUAAGUCCCAAUCAUCCUUUGAAUAGCCAGUCGACUACACAGAAGAGUACGGCAAAGAAACAAUCUAUGCAAAAUGGUUCAAGUGUGCUACAGCAGAACAAUCAGAAGCAAAACUGCAUUGUUGAUAGAGGAAAGUUGUCUUCAAAAUGCAACUCAAAAGGAGGAAAAACACCCAGUGAAGAAUCUUUGUCCACUAGGCAACGAAAUUCUAGCAAAGUUUCCAGCACCUCUAGAGUUAAUUCGAGGAAGUUGAGCUCAGAGGUUAAAGAUGACAAACGAGAAGCAUUGCCUUCUUGCAAAGAAAGAGUUACCAGCAAGAAACGGUCUGUGGAUGGGAGUUACCACUUGGGUAAAAAUCAAGCUGUUCAAAACUUGCAGAUGGAUAGAAGUGGGAAAGGCAUCCAAUCUAGGGAUAUUACAGAUAGGCAAAGUAGUUGGGGUCAAGAAAGUGGAGGGAAUGGAAGGGAUGUCGUUUCAUUUACUUUCAAAUCUCCAAUGACACGAUUGGCAUCAGAUUCUCUGAGGCCCGGAGAGGCAGGGGAAACUUGUAAGAUCUUGUCAGAAGGCUAUCAAAGUAAAAGAGCUGAUGACAUGAGUGGUUCGAGAUUUUCUCUCUGUGGAAAUAAUAUAAUGGGAGGUGAUGCAUUAAACACUCUUUUGGAGCAAAAACUAAAAGAAUUGGCUGAUAAGGUAGAAUUCUCCCAACAAAAUUCUCGAACGGAUUCUAAUGAUAUGAUGCCUAGUUGUGAGGCCUCAGUGAGCUCAAGCAUGUCAGAAUCAUGUAAAGCCAAAGAGGGGGUUCACGCAGUUGAUACGGUGGGGCUAGAAAAAACCAGCACUAGCGAUGGCAAUAUAUCUAGAGCCAGAAAGUCACUCGACCCCAGGCUUCCUAGUCCAGUUUCAGUUCUUGAACAUUCUUCGUUUCCAGACAGUUGCAGUUCAUCAGAUACCGCAGACAGUAAUAGCACUGGAGGCAGCAAGCAGUGUUCAUCAGUCCAAUCUAUGGAAGUGCUCGACUCUUUUUCCUCGAAGAUGUAUCUUGCAGAUGAACCCAAUACUGAGUUAUCAGACUCAGCUUCAUCAACUUCUGUUGAAACUGUGCCCAAAAGGCAGGAGAUUAUUUCAAACUCAACUGACAACGUGAACCGAAGAAGGUGGGAAUUAAAGUAUGUGAAGGAGAUGCUAUCCAAUAUGGAGCUGAAGUUCAAGGACUAUGCAGUAGGCAGAACUCAAGGCAUCGUAAACCCUCGUCUUUUUAAUCAGCUAGAAAGUUGCAAUCAGUUCUUGAGCAACGGUGUAGAGAUUCCCGUGCUAGACCAAAGAGUUUUGUUCGACUGUGUUAGUGAAUGCUUAGACCUGAGGUGCAGACAGUUUGUUGGCGGUGGAUACAGAUCGUUGGCUAAAGGUCUAUCAUUGGUUAGACAAGAGGAGACAUUUGCUCAAGAAGUCCACAGAGAAAUCUGUGGUUGGAAUGCUAACAUUGGAGAUUCCAUGAUAGAUGAACUUGUAGAUAAGGACAUGAGCAAUCAAUAUGGUAGAUGGGUCGACUUUGAUGUCGAAGUAUUUGAACUUGGGACACAGAUUCAGUCCCAGAUUCUUAAUUCUUUGAUAGAUGAAGUAGUAGCUGAUAUACAUUGAUGCUUUAGCAACCUGAAUUGAAAUCACACCCUUCAACUUGCAUUGUAAGUUAUUCUUCAUUUAUCUAUUUCGAUAAAAUUGAUAAUUCUUCUUAUAA